GAAUCCCGUAAUGGCGGACGCGGGCCAGUGAAGCACGGCUGGGGGCGUAGCGCACUGAGCGGGGUCCGGCCGUGUGGCAGCCGCCCGGGCGGCCCGCGGGGACAGACCCGAGGUGGAGAAGGGCGGCCGGCCGGCCCGUCUGUCGCUGAGGGCGACUGCGCCAGGCCAGAAAUCAAUGGAAAAACAUCCUCAGGUUGUUUUUCAUCAUUCAGAACGUUGCCUGAAGCGGGUCCACCAUGCCGUUAGUAACGAGGAACAUCGAGCCAAGGCACCUGUGCCGGCAGACGUUGCCUAGUGUUAGAAGCGAGCUGGAAUGCGUGACCAACAUCACCCUGGCAAAUGUCAUCCGACAGCUGGGCAGCCUGAAAGAAGGAAUGAAGGCUCAGAAAAGUAAGAUAACUUGCCUAGAGAGACAGCAGCCAGUAAGAGGUAAAUAUGCAGAGGACAUUUUUGGAGAGCUCUUCACUCAGGCAAAUUCCUUUGCCUCUCGGGUAAGCUCCCUUGCUGAGAGGAUUGACCGCCUACAAGUUAAAGUCACUCAGCUGGAUCCCAAGGAAGAAGAAGUGUCGCUGCAAGGAAUCAACACCCGAAAGGCCUUCAAAAGCUCUACCGUUCAGGACCAGAAGCUUUUUGACAGAAACUCUCUGCCUGUGCCUGUCCUGGAAACAUACAACACGUGUGAUACCCCUCCGCCUCUCAACAACCUCACCCCUUACAGGGACGAUGGGAAAGAAGCACUCAAAUUCUACACAGACCCUUCGUACUUCUUUGAUCUUUGGAAGGAGAAGAUGCUGCAGGACACCAAGGAUAUCAUGAAAGAGAAGAGAAAGCAUAGGAAAGAAAAGAAAGAUAAUCCAAAUCGAGGUAACAUAAACCCACGUAAAAUCAAGACACGUAAGGAAGAGUGGGAGAAAAUGAAGAUGGGACAAGAAUUUGUGGAAUCCAAAGAAAAGCUGGGGCCUUCUGGGUAUCCGCCCACCAUGGUGUAUCAGAAUGGUAGCAUCGGUUCUGUUGAAAACAUGGAUGUAAGCAGCUACCCACCACCACCGCAGUCAGACUCCACCUCUCUGCCUUCUUCCUUCUCUGAGGAGAGCUUACCUCCGCCGCCAGCAGACUUCAGCUACCCAGCAGACAACAACCAGAGGGCGUCUGGCUUAGCUGGACCCAAAAGAUCCAGUGUGGUCAGCCCAAGCCACCCACCACCAGCUCCUCCUCUGGGCUCCCCACUGGGCCUCAAACCCGGCUACGCGCCGCCCUCGGCCCCUCCGCCUCCGCCUCCGAUGAUCAACGUGCCUCCUCCACCUCCACCUGGAGGACUUGGGUCCCCGGUGACCCCACCGCCACCCUCACCGCCCUCUUUCCCACCUCACCCCGAUUUUGCUGCCCCUCCCCCUCCUCCCCCACCGCCGGCGGCUGACUACCCGCCACCACUUCCCUUAUCCCCAUCAACCGGAGGAGCACCUCCUCCUCCCCCCCCUCCUCCUCCUCCUGGGCCGCCUCCUCUCUUCUAUGGCGGCGCAGAUGGCCAGCCUGCCGCACCACCACCGCCGCCGCCUUCUGACGCACCCAAGUCCAAGUCCUCCUUGCCUCCUGUGAGCGACGCCCGCAGUGACUUGCUCUCGGCCAUCCGCCAAGGCUUCCAGCUGCGCCGGGUGGAGGAGCAGCAGGAGCAGGAAAAGCGGGACGUGGUGGGCAACGACGUGGCCACCAUCCUGUCGCGUCGCAUCGCCGUCGAGUACAGCGACUCCGAAGACGACUCCUCCGAGUUUGACGAGGACGACUGGUCGGAUUAGCUCUUCCUGCCUGUGCCCGCCUCUUCUCUUUUCUUCCUACCUGCCUUUUCAAUGCCACCCCCACAGUCCCGGGGGAAAGAGGGAGGGGGCGAUUUCAAGGGCCAAAGCCUUCCCUGAAGCUACCAAAGAUAUAUCCAUGUGCUUCCUCCAAAUCAACAUGUAUUUCCCACCUCCCCCAGUCAGCCCCGCGGGGCCCUGAGGGUCAGUAGCUGAGGUGUUCCCUCGGCCCUUCAUAUUGAAGAGAAGGGAAAACCCCAAAGCUGACCCCUUUGAGUGGGUGGGAACGAGUUGGUGCCUUCCCCAGGAGCCAUUUCCACUGUGGUCUCAGCCGUGCCCUCAGCUUCUUAGAACAACGCCAGCCACUUCCUGUCCUGAAGCCUGUGUGGACACGGCUGGCCCUGCCCCUGCCCUGGAGGUCAGCAGGCCACGUGCCCCAGCAGCCAUCUGGCUGCACCCCCUGCCCGGUCUGCAGGGUGAGGCUGCCUUUGCUAAGCUCUUUCUGUAUCUGGAUUCCCUUUUUCCCAGGAGCCAUCAAGCCCCUAAAGAAGGUCUCAAACCCCUCUGCCCAGAAAUGAUGCUUUUAUGAAGAAGGAGGGUUUGCCUCCCUCCCAGGCCCCGUCUCCUGAGUGUGGUGGUUGGGUUCCUUUACGCACCCCUCUGCGGUCACCAGGUGCCUCUGGGCACCACCGCCCAGUUCUGACCUCAUACCCAUGACCAAACGCCCUGGCACACGGGGAUGGGGCCUCUGCUGCUGGCAGGACCAAGCUCAGAGACCUGGACUGCAGUGCUGGAGGCACGGUGGCUCGCUGUGGGUCCUACCCUCUGAGUGACGCUCAGGUCUAUAGAUGGGAAGUGACUUGCUCAAGGUCAUGCAGUUGGAUCGUAACAGGGCUGGAGCCGAGGGUGUCUGAUUCCAAGUCACCUGUGCUUUCUGGGACCAACUAGGGCCUGGGCCGAGCGUUCUCAGCUCUGCUGCUUCCGACCUCACCAUAAGGGGGAGCGGGGGGUCCCAGCAGGAGGGCUCGGGGCCUGUGCCAGGCCCUCAGUGCUGCUCAGACCCUUAUGGCCUCAUAAUAUUCUGCUUCCCCUUUGCUAUCUACCAGCCACUGGCCUUGGGAACUGCCCAGUCGGGGGACUAGAGGUAGUGAGAGAAGGAAGGGGGUGGGCAGCUUUGACAGGUGCUGUUUUCAAUUCCUCUUCACUCCUCCCCGUUUUAUUUCCCCAAUUUCUGCCAAGUGUGGAAACUGCAGUCCCUCAGGCUGGCAGCCGUGGCAGGCAGCUGCCUGGGGGGCCUGGCAGCCCCGAGGAAGGCUGAAAUCAGCAGAGGGACAGUGGGUCUCAUUUCCAGCUCCCUCCUCAGCACCCAGUGACGUUCCUGCCCUCCCCCCGUUCCCCGAGCUAACACACAGGUGCUAUUAUUCCAAAAACCUGGUCUGCUGUGGCCAGCAGGGAGGUUUCUUCUCUUCUGCCCCAACUAUUGUGCAGCCUCUUAUGCCGAAACCGGCUGCUCCUGGCUGCUCCUGCUUUCAGAGCCUGAAACAAAGAGAAACAGGAUCUGCCUGUGCCCCGCACAGCAAAUGGUUGUAGUAAUUGCCAAAGCCCUCAUAAACCCUCCGGCUGAGGAGCGUGUGUAAUCAUGGGUACCGCGCUGUGCCCGCCGAAUGCGCCCCCUCUGCCUCUUUUCCUUGAACUCGGAGCCGUGGGGCCAGCAUGCCCUCCUCCUGGGGCUGCCUCGGCCCCUCCCCCCUCCCCAGGUCAGUGUCUGGCACAGGGCCAGCACCUGGCACUCGUGCUGAGCACGCCAGGCUGUGUGUGCCCUGCCUCGCUUCCCACCUGCACUUGGAAGCACAAGGUCCAUUCUUCAGAACCUAAAAUGGCUGUUGGAGGCGGAGGGCAGUGGCUCUCCAAAUAGGAGGCCCGGGGCCUGGCCAGGCCAGGGCCUGGGCCUAAUGGCUCUGACUAAGUCACUCCCAUCCCCCUCCUUCCCGGAAAAGGGGAGUCAGUGCCACUCGCUAUCGUUCUGCUCUGACCUUGGAGGGGGCGGCGUUGGCCUGGCUGCUGGAAUGGACAGUCCGCCCUGGAGAGGUCUGGGGGCAGGGGGAGGCGGGGAGGGGCGCUGCCUGCGGAAGGUAGGAUUAGAUCAUUAGCUCAGUGACCUCCUAGGGGUUCGAUGUGCUGUGUUCUCAUCCUACAGCUGGUUUGGUAAUGAUCUGCAAGUCCCGGAGAGCAACAGCACAGCUCUGCCUGACGUUCUCAUUAAAAUCUAUGCAGCCAAGCUCUGCGCUUUGUAGCAGCGGCUUCCUCGGCGGGGGUGGGGGAGGGGUGGCUGGGACCCAGUCAGCUGGGCUCUGCUUGUGCAUUGGUUCACCCCCAAAACGCUGCUUUAAACCCCGGGCCCCUUAGAAUGUAAAGGACCCUAUGCAGGUGAUCGUGUGUCUUUAGAAUCCUGUAAUUGUGGAAUGCGAAGUUUAGUGAUUAUUUAAACCGGGCCCAAGCUGGUAAGCGAAUGGAACAAUGGCUCACAAGGACUCUUAAGUGCUGAGGCCAAGAAACCACCUCCCUUUCUGGCCUGCUCAGCCAGGGAGCCUGCCCCCAUUCCUGGGGCCCAGGGCCCCGCUCCCCGGCAGGCAGGCGUGUCAGAGUGAUUGGUGGCUUUGCCCAGGUGGUGAGAUGAGUACAUUCCAGAGGCGCAGCCUUUGGGGGGGGGGGGGGGGGCUCCUGUCCCUGGAAGCUCGGACGGCCCUGCCUCCAGGAGCUCAAGCCUCAGAAACGACCUGGCCAAUGUCACCGCCGAGCCCAACGGUGUUGUCAGGCUAAUGUGAAAUCUCCUCCCGUGGCGCCACUCCUCCGGCUCCACAGCGCCGGCUCGGACAGAUUGAGGGCUCUUGGCUUUGGUGACCCUCUGCUUACGCAUUCCCCCGUGCCCCGCUCUGCCCUCCCCGCGCCUCCGCCCCGCAGCCCUCCGCCGACCAGGGGCCACCUCCUCUGCCUCAGUGAGCGCGUGGGAACAAUCACUGUGGUGACUCCUAGUUAACUCGCUCGCGAAACUAACCGGUUUUUACUUUCUGUCUGGAAUGAUGUACCUGUAGGAGAGUGACCAUAUGCUCCCAAAGUGCCUUCUUCUCUCUGAUACAAACAGAAGCACCUGGACCAAAGGACUGGGGUGUGUGUUCCACAUCGAGGUCUUAGGGAGCGAGCACGUGUGUGGUGGGGACACAGUCUGAAAUGGGUCCCUUCCCCCCGAGGGUGGGGGAGGAGCUUCCGCUGGAGAUCUGAGCGGCCGGUGGGGGUAAGCCAAGCCCCUCCGGACCCUUUCCCUUUGCCCCACUGCUCCCGGGUCCUCAGAAAGAUGUCCCGUUUCUUAAAGCCCCGUGGCUCCCAGUCUGGUCUCUGCUUCCCUGCCAGGCUCAUGUACGUUAGCUCCCAGUGACCUGAAGAUUCCAUGUAACUAUACGUGCACCUACGUAAACCUACGCCCAUGCUUUCAAUAACUCGAUAAAAUCUUUGUCGCCACUCGGC